GAACAUACUAUGUAAGUCGCCCUUGCACGCCAGCACCAAGCUCCAGCCGGCGUGCUUUGCUAGAGCGUGCAACAUGUGGUCUAGGAAGCCGAUACCUGUGUUGAUACUGAUGGUUUGCGACUUGCUGGCCUGGCUAGCAUGGCCCUCCUCUGUUGCAGCCUUCAGCCGAGCGUCGGUAUCAGGUGGGAAUCCACCUCCAUCCAGGUUCAGUGAUAGCUGUAUUUUGGUCUCGUUGGUGUCUCGAGCAAGAGCGGCCCAGCGAGGUUUCACAGUGGACCCCAUCGUCGACACAAAUGGGGGGGAUAUAAAAUCAAUGUCGAGGGUAAAGAUCUCUGAGAUAGUGACGAGAGGCAAUAACGUCUUGUGGACAAAUAAAUUGUCAGUUUCUUAGCAGUAACUUACCACUUCCACUUAUUUUUUUACAUUGAGACAUUCCGAGCAUCGGUCUUGAGAGCCAGGCUAGAAGCUUAAGGCUUACAACCGACCAACCAGCCGAAGUCCAUUACCAUCAUUCCUUGCAGAUAAGUACCUAGAUACCAUUCGU